AGCUCAAAGCAGUUAUCUUCAACUGAACUCUCCGUCGUCCUGCGAAAACAAGAGGUCAAAGCAGUUAUGCCGGGCAGAGUCUGAAGGCUUCAAUUUCGUGACUUGAACAAAGCCAUGCUGCUGCUCUGUUCUCCUCUUCGUGCAAAGCUCUCUUUUUCUGAGACUACUCUUUUUACUUGCCAAGCUCGAGGAGUAUUUUCCACCCAGAAAAUGUUCAGAGUGCAGUGCCAGGUUGGUAGCUACCUGCAAGCUCAUCGAGAAGAGAACAGAAAUGUCUUGUGUUCAGAGGAGAACUUGAGGAGGAGAAAUCUUCUACUUGUUCUAGUUACUUCAAGCAUACCUCUGGCUUUUCCAUCUUAUGGAAAGACAAAAGGUAAAAACCCAUAUGAUGAAAAACGUUUGUUAGAGCAAAACAGGCGCAUACAAAAAGAAAAUAAUGCACCUGAAGACUUCCCAAAUUUUGUCAGAGAAGGAUUUACUGUAAAAGUUGUGGCAUCAGAGAAUUAUGUAAAGCGUGACUCAGGUCUUGUAGUGUGGGAUAUUGCUGUUGGUAAAGGUGAUUCUCCAAAGGCUGGUCAGCAGGUGACGUUUCACUAUGUCGGUUAUAAUGAGUCAGGCCGUCGCAUUGACAGUUCCUAUGUACAGGGUACUCCGGCAAAAAUCCGAAUGGGUACUAAUGCAUUAGUUCCAGGUUUUGAGGAAGGAAUCCGGGACAUGAAACCAGGUGGAAAAAGGAGAAUUGUAAUUCCCCCAGAACUAGGACCGCCAGUAGGACCUUCCACCUUUUUCAGCUCAAAACAAUUUGAGGUUUUUGAUGUGGAACUGGUUAGCAUUCAAGAUUGCACAAGGAGGACAAUUGGUUUUUACUCCGAUUUUGUUUGUAAUUGAAUGAUGAAGCUUUUCCUUCAAAUGUCGGUGGUAUGUUUCCUUUGGACAUUGCACAACCGAUAAGAAAAAGAGGUUCCUGACACCGUGGGUAUAAAAGGUGGCAUGUGGGCAAACAUUAGACAGCACGAUAGGGUGCUUAAGACCUGUUCGUAUGCCAUACCGGACCCAUUUUUCAAGGUUUAGCUUUAGCUUGUCCCUAGCUACCCCUGUCAGCUUAUAGUAGCCUAUAUUCCUUGUUUUACCAUGUGUGUAGACAUAACCAAUUCAUGCAUCCACCUAUAUAAUGGACACACCUGAACAAACACACACGUAUACAUCCGCAUCCACCUCCAUCCCGACGCUCACAUUAUGUGCUUUAUGACCCAAUAAGCAUAGUGCAAUUAACCUUGUUGCUUGAUUAGCCACUGAACUACAUUGAGCAGGUGCUUUCUCAGUCCUUUUUUUGAUUUCUUUUGCUUCGUUCUUUUUGGGACUUGGAAUUUGGAAAUGUGAAAGUGAGGUUGCCAAGCUCCGGCUGCAGGCAUUCAGCUACACACAUUUCCUGGGAGCAUGAUGGACUUUGAAGUUGAAUGAUUUAGUUACCUGUAUCAUCCUCCAUGCAAUACUCUCCAUAUAUUGAAAUGGCCCCAGGACAUGGCUGCUGCUUCUUCAUCC